AUGAAAAAUAUAUACACAAGUGUCAAGAUCUCACUGGGUGUGCAGCAGGAGUGGUGGGGGUUUGGGGGCCCCUGUGGCAUCGGCUGUUGUCAGUCUGAUGGCUCGGGACUAUCGCUGUCUGCUCUGGAUUUAUCUGCUCUGAGCUGUGGACUCGUCUGGGGCCUGUCUUGGCACCUGCCCAUCCAUCAGCUCUUAAGUUUCUCCUUUGACACCGCUCCACAUAAUCUUUCUGUGUGUUUCCUCCGCACAAUGCGCGUGGCAGAGCCAGGAAAUGUGAAGAUACCUCGAUGGUGA